GGCAAACUGGUCGAGCGAGUUGGGGUGUAUGCUGUCUGCGCGCCUUGGCCAAUGGAACCAGAUCCUCCCUGCAGUGCGUAAGAGCGCAAUUUAGGAUUUAACCAAGUCUUUGCUGAGGGGCUGGCAGAAGUUCGAGAGACCCCGUUGGUGUAAGCACAUAUCACACAAUGCCAGUGUAGUCUUCAGUCAGUCUUCAGACGUCUCAUUGGAGUUAGACUGCCACUUAACGUUGCUGCUUUCGAACUAUGACUGGAGUAUUCGACCGAAGGAUUCCGAGUUUCAAACCGGCCGACUUCCAGAACCCUUUUCAGGUUUCCACCACAAUGCACCACCCGUCUCAGGAAUCCCCUACGCUACCCGAGUCUACGGCCACGGAUUCUGGCUACUAUAGCCCGGCUGGAGCAGUGCACCAUGGCUAUUGUUCGCCUAAUUCCACCUCGUAUGGGAAACCUCUCAAUGCCUAUCAAUACCAGUACCACGGCGUAAACGGAUCUGCGGGAAAUUACCCUGCAAAAACAUACCCAGACUACAGCGCAUACACAGCCUCUGCUUACCACCAAUAUGCUGGAACUUAUAGCAGAGUACAACCACAACCAUUAAGUCCGCAAGAAAAAGAAGUAGCAGAACCUGAAGUGAGGAUGGUAAACGGAAAGCCCAAGAAAGUCAGAAAACCACGGACAAUCUACUCCAGUUUUCAGCUAGCUGCCCUGCAGCGGAGAUUUCAGAACACACAGUACCUCGCGCUGCCAGAGAGAGCAGAGCUCGCGGCUUCGUUGGGACUCACGCAAACGCAGGUCAAAAUCUGGUUCCAGAACAAAAGGUCGAAACUGAAGAAAAUUAUGAAGAAUGGUGAGCUUCCACCGGAACACAGCCCGAGCUCCAGCGACCCUAUGGCAUGCAACUCUCCGCAGUCCCCCGCCGUCUGGGACACGCAUGGCCCGUCCAGGCCUCACAGCCACCAGGCGCAGAACAUCAACCCCGCGGCCUCCACCUUUUUGGAAAACUCCGCAUCUUGGUACUCCACGGCUGGUGCCAUGAAUUCUCACCUCCAGGCCCCCAACUCGAUACAGCACUCUUUGGUUCUUGGAUCUGGGACGUUAUACUGAAACCCAGUUCAACAAAUAUUUACAUUGUAUGGGACUCGUGUUUAAAAUGUCCAGAGGAAUAUGCAAUGUAUUGAUGACAGUCAUAGAAGAACGUGUAUAAUGUGUAAAUGUGUGCAUGUAAUUUAUUGCAUUUUGGAAGACAAAUUAAACGUUUUAAACCGA